CAAGUAAAAUCAAGAAAACCUGUGUAGCAAGAAAAUUCCUAGUUUUCUCGAGAAAAUGACGAAGCAUUGAAGGUCAUCUACCGUUGGAAGAGAGAGAAAGCAUUAAAUAGGAUUGAAUUCAGUUGGGUUUCGAGUUAUGGCAGCUGCCAACACAUUUCUUUAAUUAUUUUUGUUUUCUCAUUUAGGAACUUUCUUCCUCUACCAACUCUCUUUCUCUCUCUCGUCUCACUUUCAACGAAUUUUGCAAUAUAAAAUUCUCCGCCCCUCUUCUUUUUCAGAAAAAGACAAUGCCACUUUCCUUUACUUUACCAGGAAAUUCUAUUGAUUUUUCUUCAAUUUUCUGUUAAGGGGACUUCUGGGUUUUGUUCAAAAUUUGGUUUUGAACAAUGGGUAACAGCUUGUUCUGUAUGUCAAAGAAAGUGACCAAAGAUGUUGGAUCCAGGAGCAAGAGAAUGGGUCGGUCUCAGAGGAAAUUGAUUGCAGAGGACGAGUCGCUGCACAGACAAGCUCUGGCUAUGGCACUUCACCAGCACCAGUUGUCUCAGAGAUUUGAGGGUUCCAUGUCUAGAAGAAUUGGGUCGACCAGCUCUCGAAGACGCAACCUCCCUGAUUCUUUUGCUAAUGGAAAACAGGUGCCUGAAAUUUUGGAGAAUAUCAACUCAAAGAAAAUCGUUCUAGUACAUGGAGAAGGGUUUGGAGCUUGGUGUUGGUACAAAACUAUUCCUCUAUUAGAGGAAGUGGGGCUUCUUCCUACUGCUUUGGACCUUACAGGAUCAGGAAUUGAUUUGUCAGAUACAAAUAGUGUCACUACAUUGGCAGAGUAUUCAAAACCACUGAUUGUUUAUUUAGAAAACCUUCCUGAGGAUGAAAAGGUUGUUUUGGUCGGUCACAGCAGUGGAGGUGCAUGCAUUGCUUAUGCAUUGGAGCAUUUUCCGCAGAAGAUCGCAAAAGCAAUUUUUCUUUGUGCUACAAUGGUGACUGAUGGUCAGAGACCUUUUGAUGUGUUUGCUGAACAGCUUGGUUCUGCUGAACGUUUCAUGCAAGAAUCACAAUUUCUGAUUUAUGGAAAUGGAAAAGACAAGCCUCCUACCGGAUUCAUGUUUGAGAAACAGCUAAUGAAAGGGCUAUAUUUCAAUCAAUCCACAACAAAGGAUGUUGCUUUGGCCAUGGUUUCAAUGAGACCUACUCCACUGGGUCCUAUGAUGGAGAAAUUGUCAUUGUCCCCUGAAAAGUAUGGAACUGGACGGCGAUUCUACAUUCAGACAUUGGAUGACCGAGCACUCUCACCAGAUGUCCAAGAAAAGCUAGUAAGGGAAAACCCACCAGAAGGAGUUUACAAGAUUAAAGGGAGUGAUCACUGUCCAUUCUUCUCCAAGCCACAGUCAUUGCACAAAAUUCUAGUGGAGAUUCUUCAAAUCCCUUAGCUUAAAUACAGAAAACAAGGAGUUAUUCUUUCUUUAUUAAUUUUUUUCCCCACAGAAGACAAGUUUUAUUACUUAGCUCAUAUCUGGACAGUCCAUUAUUGUAUGUAGAAAUCUUUGGCCAUUUUACCUGUAAUUUAUUCUUCUGCAAUAAGGGUAUAGUUUGAUAUUCUCCUGUACGUUACCAAUUAUUUGAUCACUUUUUAGUUCAAAAAUGAUAUAGUUAUAAGGAAAAUGAGUAUAUU